UCCGAGGUGGCCCUGACCAAAACAAGGGCAGACAGUGGGCCACCACCCCGCCAUGCUCAGAGCCAAGAUGCUCGGGAGAGGCCCCUACAAGCCCUUAGCCAUCCUCAGGCACAUGGGACCUCUCUGUGCCACAAGGCCACAGCACUGGCGCUUCCAGCAUUCCUACGCAGAGAAACACAGCAACUGUGCCCGGCACCCUCUCUGGACUGGCCCAGUGUCCUCACCGGGAGGCACCCAGCAGUCUCCCAUUAAUAUCCAGUGGACGGAUAGUGUCUAUGACCCGAAGCUGGCACCGCUCAGGGUCUCCUAUGAUGCUGCGUCCUGCAGAUACCUCUGGAACACUGGUUACUUCUUCCAGGUGGAGUUUGACGAUUCCUGUGAGGAGUCAGGGAUCAGUGGUGGGCCUCUGGGAAACCACUACAGGCUGAAGCAGUUUCACUUCCACUGGGGAGCAACAGAUGAAUGGGGCUCUGAGCACAUGGUGGACGGCCAUGCCUACCCGGCUGAGCUCCAUUUGGUUCACUGGAAUUCCAUGAAAUAUGAAAAUUACAAGAAAGCCACCACGGGGGAGAAUGGACUGGCGGUGAUUGGAGUGUUUCUGAAGCUCGGGGCCCAUCACGAGGCCCUGCAGAGGCUGGUGGACAUCUUGCCGGAAGUAAGACACAAGGACACACAGGUGACCAUGGGGCCCUUUGACCCUUCUUGCCUGCUGCCUGCCUGCCGGGAUUACUGGACCUACCCUGGCUCCCUCACCACCCCACCACUGGCUGAGUCAGUCACCUGGAUUGUGCACAAGAUGCCCAUUGAGGUGUCCCCGAGCCAGCUGUCCACAUUCCGUACACUCUUGUUCUCCGGGCGAGGUGAGGACGAGGAGGUGAUGGUGAACAACUUCCGCCCGCUCCAACCACUCAGGGGCCGCAACGUUCGCUCCUCCUUCCAGGUCCCCAGGGUGGGAACAAAGUCUUGAUCUCAGGAUGAGGUCUGUAAGGAUAGGCAGAGCGGAUGGAAAAGGGGGUGCGCAUUUCCAGGGUGCGACGCCUGGAUUAAAAAAAAAAUGGCUGCAGAGAUGGCUCAGGGGUUAAGAGCACUGACUGCUCUUCCAGAGGUCCUGAGUUCAGUUCCCAGUAACCACAUGGUGGCUCACAACCAUCUGUAAUGGGAUCCGAUGCCCUCUUCUGGUGUGUCUGAAGAGAGCGACACUGCACUCAUAUGCAUUAAAUUAAUAAAUCUUUAAAAAAAAAAAAAAA